GCCCCGCUCCCCCGCGGCGUCGGAGCAGCGGAUCGAGUAGGCACAUCGGGUUCUCACUCGCGUCGGUGGCAGGACUCCUGCAUAUAUUUCAAAACUGAACAAUUUCAACUGACCUGAAGCACUCUGCCUUCCUAGUGAUACCAGUCCAGUUUCGGAGAGCCACAGCAGAUUAUCAGCCAUCAUGGCAAACCUCAGCUACUGGCUGCUGGCACUCUUUGUGGCUACAUGGACUGAUGUCGGUCUCUGCAAGAAGCGGCCAAAGCCUGGAGGGUGGAACACUGGUGGAAGCCGAUACCCUGGGCAGGGCAGCCCUGGAGGCAACCGUUAUCCACCUCAGGGUGGUGGCUGGGGGCAGCCCCAUGGUGGUGGCUGGGGGCAACCCCAUGGUGGUGGCUGGGGACAGCCUCACGGUGGUGGUUGGGGUCAGCCCCAUGGCGGCGGCUGGGGUCAAGGAGGUGGCACCCACAAUCAGUGGAACAAGCCCAGUAAGCCAAAAACCAACAUGAAGCAUGUGGCGGGUGCUGCCGCGGCUGGGGCAGUGGUGGGGGGCCUGGGUGGCUACAUGCUGGGGAGCGCCAUGAGCAGGCCCAUGAUCCAUUUUGGCAAUGACUGGGAGGAUCGCUACUACCGUGAAAACAUGAACCGGUACCCUAACCAAGUGUACUACCGGCCAGUGGAUCAGUACAACAAUCAGAACAACUUCGUGCACGAUUGCGUCAACAUCACGAUCAAGCAACAUACAGUCACCACCACCACCAAGGGGGAGAACUUCACGGAGACCGACGUCAAGAUGAUGGAGCGCGUGGUGGAGCAGAUGUGUGUCACCCAGUAUCAGAAGGAGUCCCAGGCCUACUAUGAAGGGAGAUAUUCCCGCGCAGUGGUGCUCUUCUCAUCCCCGCCUGUGAUCCUCCUCAUUUCCUUCCUCAUCUUCCUGAUCGUGGGAUGAGGGAAGCCGCCCUGCUUGUGCUUUCUCCUUCUUGUGGUCUCGGCUGGGGGAGGGGUUAUCCACCUGUAGCUCUUUUAAUUGAGGUGGUGUCUCAUUCUUGCUUCUCUCUUUGUCCCCCAUAGGCUAAUGCCCUUGGCACGGAUGGGACCUGGGAAAUGUACAGUAGACCAGAUGCUAUUCACCCCAGAGUCUUUUGAUUGAGUCCACCGUGGGCCAGUGCUAACAGCAGGCCGAUAAGAAUCUAACAGCAAAUAACCACCGGCUAGCUGGGGCUUUGUUUCGGUCUAGUGAGUAAAUACUGGUGUGACCUCUGACUUCUACCCAGAGUGCACAGGGACAGACACACUAACUGUUAAAAUAGGUGAAGGGUUUUACAACCAAAGAAGUCACUGUUGGGGUAUGGUGCCCUAAGAAACAGCCCCCAUUUGGGAUACUUAAGGCAUCCGUAGUGGCCCUCUUCUUUACUAACAAACUCUACUGAUUAAGGCAAUGGAGAGAAAAAAAAAAAAAAGAAAUUCCCCUACUAACAUUGAAAGCAAACCUUUGUUCAUUUCCUAGGAACUAGAAUGAAUUUUGUUGUUGUUGUUGUUGUUUGUUUUGUUUUUUGAGGCAGAGUUUCUCUGUGUAACAGUUCUGGCUGUCCUGGAACUCGCUUUGUAGACCAGGCUGGCCCUGAACUCAUAGAGAUCCUCCUGCCUCUGCCUUCCAAGUGCUGGGGUUAAAGCCAGUGCCCGGCUAGAAUGAUUUUUUUUUUAACCUUGCUUGGAUUGGCCCGGGAGAUUUUUGACUCUGAGGAGCUCCAGCGCUGUAAGGGCGUGGCCCUCCUGUGAAGGGAGAGGUGGUUAUAGCGCGAAGUCAAGGCACUUGCAUUUCUUCAUUUCUGUCUCAUAAUUGUCAAAAGCCAGAAUUAGGUCAUACCCUUAGUUUCUGUACUUGUAUUUGAGUCGGACAGCAGAGAGACAAUCUAAGGUUGCCCACGAGAGAAGCAGGCUCCGUUCAAAGUGGAAAGAGAAAUUCUGUUAGCAUUGUUUAAGUAAGGCAAACCUUGUUCCUUCAGUUGCUCCGUAUUUCGCUGAGCAGACGUACACCAUUCUGCCAUAGCAUCGGCCUGCACCGCGGGUGUUCUGUGUACAAUAUAUAUAAAGAAUAACUGCGAGCUUAGCCCUCCCGCUCUAAUGCAUCUGAGGUUUGUAACACACUGACCAUUCCGUCCACUGCUAAAUGCUUACUGUGUGGCCCUUAGGCUUUCAUCAGUUCCGUAAAUGAAUCCCAAGGGGACCCCGCGCUGGUCUCUGAAAUCUGCAUGGACUUCACAUUUUCUAUAUUUGUAACUCCGCAUGUACUUGUUUUGUCAUAUAACAGUUUAUGAAUGUUUGCCAUUAAACAGGAGCUAUGACGAGCA